CAAGAACCAUAAACCAUGCAGGCAGUCCAAGACAGUGUAAUAAGCAAGACUGAGGCUGUAAGAGUUGAGACAUGGAGUACUCUCACUGCAGGUUGCUCCUUGUGUGUUCAGUUCUUGCGCUGUGCCUCUGCAACCAAGGAGCGAGGGGCGACGAGUUAACAAGCGAUUUCUACGACUACAAGUGCCCUGGCGUGUACACCGUCGUCCAGCAGCAUGUGUUUUCUGCCAUGAGGGAUGAGCUGAGGAUGGGAGCCUCCCUACUCAGGCUCCAUUUCCAUGACUGCUUUGUCAAUGGGUGUGAUGGUUCAAUCUUGCUGGAUGGUGACGAAGGCGAGAAAUUUGCGCGACCCAACCAGAACUCCGUCAGAGGGUACGAGGUCAUCGACGCGAUCAAGGCCGACCUCGAGAGCAUGUGCCCCGGGGUGGUGUCUUGUGCCGACGUUGUAGCCCUUGCAGCCGGCUAUGGAGUACUCUUUAGUGGAGGGCCUUACUAUGAUGUUCUUCUGGGAAGAAGGGACGGUCUGGUGGCCAACCAGUCUGGUGCUGAGAAAGGCCUGCCCUCGCCGUUCGAACCGAUCAGCUCGAUUGUACAGAAGUUUUCCGAUGUCGGCCUCGACACAACAGAUGUUGUGGUCCUGUCAGGUGCCCACACGAUCGGACGAGCCCGGUGCGGGCUGUUCAGCAACCGCCUGACGUCCACCACGUCCUCGGCGGACCCGACGCUGGACUCCACCAUGGCCGCCAACCUGCAGAGCCUCUGCGCCGGCGGGGACGGCAACCAGACCACCGCUCUAGACAUCAGCUCCGCCGACGCGUUCGACAAGCACUACUACCAGAACCUGCUGACCAAGAAGGGCCUCCUGUCCUCUGACCAGGGCCUCUUCUCCGGCGACGAGGACGUCGUGGCCAACACCACCAAGGCUCUAGUGCAGAAGUACAGCGACGAUGGCGAGCAGUUCUUCUCCGACUUCGGCGCGUCCAUGGUGAAGAUGGGGAGCAUCCGACCCUUGACGGGAUCAGAGGGAGAGAUCCGCUGCAACUGCAGGGUUGCCAAUUGAGAAACGGCGAGCAGAGUUCGUCAGAUGUUACUGGCUAGGGGGAACUAGCCGAUUGGUUAAUGAACUAGGAGUGAGGAUGUAUAAUCCUAGGACGGCUAGCCGACCAUAGCGUGCACUGGUGCUAGCUGGUAGAGCACUGGGUUGUCACGUCAUAGUUCAUACCCGGCUAGAUAAUCUUGCAAACCAAGUAAGUUCAUGAAAUGUGUUGUUGUAUUUGUGCGUAAUAUUAAGAUCUUUCAUGGUCGAAGUAGAAGAUGGAGAAUCAAUAAUGAUCUAAUUAUGCUCCUUAAAGCUUGGGGAUCAUCGUGUGAUGGACAUGUGAAGAUGGUCUUUAAGAAAAGGCGUUGCACAUUCUCAUAUGCAUUACGGGGAUCAAAGUGUUAGAAAUAUACUUUAGAGUCAAUCAUGUAUGAUAUAUAUUCUAUUGUACUAUAAUUUAAAGUUGUCUUUAUAUGAACAU